AUGGUACAAUCCUUGGCCAACGGCACCCUCCGCAAGAAGCUCCAGGGUUAUGUCGGAUUCGCCAACCUCCCCAACCAGGUUCAUCGCAAGUCCGUCAAGAAGGGCUUCAACUUCACCGUCAUGGUUGUUGGUGAAUCGGGACUCGGCAAAUCCACUCUUGUCAACACCUUGUUCAACGCCCCCUUGUACCCCGCCAAGGAGCACGCUCCUCUCUCCGAGGAGAGCCCAAAGACUGUCGGCAUCCAGGUUCUCAGCACCGAUAUUGAGGAGAACGGCGUCCGCCUGAAGCUCAAUGUCGUCGACACCCCCGGCUUUGGCGACUUUAUCAACAACGAGGACAGCUGGAAGCCCAUCUUGGAGACCAUCGAGAGCCGCUUCGAUGCCUAUCUCGACCAGGAGAACAGAGUCAACCGCAGCAAGAUCUCCGACACCCGCGUCAACGCUUGCUUGUACUUUAUUGCCCCCACCGGUCACUCCCUCAAGGCUCUCGAUGUUGAGUUCAUGAAGCGUCUCCACAAGAAGGUCAACUUGAUCCCCGUCAUUGCCAAGUCUGACACCAUGACCAACGAGGAGAUUGCCGCCUUCAAGGAGAGAAUUCUCUUGGAUAUCGCUCACCACGAUAUCAAGAUCUACCACGCCCAGCACUACGACUGCGAUGACAUUGAGACCAUCAACGAGACCAAGGAUGUCAUGAGCAAGAUCCCCUUCGCCAUUGUCGGAUCUGACAAGGUUAUCGAGACUGCUGACGGUCGCCAUGUCCGUGGACGUAAGUACCCAUGGGGUGUCAUUGAGGUCGACAACGAGGACCACUGCGACUUUGUCAAGCUCCGUCAGAUGUUGAUCCGCACUCACAUGGAGGAGCUCCGCGAGUUCACUAACGACAUCCACUACGAGAACUACCGUACGGAGAAGCUGAUCGCCAUGGGCUACCAGCAGGAUCACACCGUCUUCAGAGAGGUCGACCCCCUCGCCAAGUUGGAGGAGGAGCGUGCUUUGCACGAGGCCAAGCUUGUGAAGAUGGAGCAGGACAUGAAGCACGUCUUCCAGCAGAAGGUCCAAGAGAAGGAGGCCAAGUUGACACAGUCCGAGGCCGAGCUCUACGCCAAGCACAAGGAAAUGAAGGAUGCCCUCGAGAAGCAGAGAUUGGAUCUGGAGGACAAGAAGAGGAGGAUCGAACAGGGCCGUCCCAUCACCCCAGAGAAGCCCAAGAAGAAGGGCUUUGGUUUCGCCAACAAGUAA